UCCCAGCUCCAGAAGAUCUAGUCUAGCUCAUCGUAACGCCGAAAUAUGUCUUGCAAGCCAAUCUACUUGUACCGUAGAAAAUAUUAUUCUUGUUCUUGAUUUAAUGUCAUAAUGAAGAUAUUCUUUAUCUAUGAGUUUAAACUUUUUAAUAAAUUGCAAGCCAAUCUACGAGUACGGAGGCCGUGGCCCAAGACGCGAGCAGCGCACCCUGGACCUUCCGAAAGUUAGGGAUAACAAAAAAUAAAAAACACAGGGAGCAUCCUGCAGAGUUUAUGAAGAAACUAGAGAAUGGUAAACCCUAGGCGAAUUUCACAUUCAAACAACAACCAAAGCGUGGAGAACCCAUUUCAGUUUCAGACCCAAAGCUUGUCUUAUCUCUCAUCUGUAAAGCACUUACUGAAAAAGCCCCAGGCCUUCCCUUUUCUGCUCUUGUUGCUCCUGUUGCUGACAUGGGUCUCUCUAAGAUUGCAGUAUUCUUCUCCUUCUCACCAUGAGCAAUGGGGCAAAGAUGACGGCGACGAUGGCGACUUUAAGGCCAAUCUUUUCAGAUUCAGAUCUGGGUUACCCUCAGAUAUUGUCAAGGACAAGCGCGGCUGGCUGCUCAACCCCGUUUCUCUUGCGCUUCAGAAUGGCGUCAAAGGUGGCGCAAUGUCUUGUGUUUCGGUUCAUAUUGGUGAAAUCCGACCAGGCUGUGUGAGGGGAAAUCAUAGACACUAUACUUGUAAUGAAACAUUUGUCAUUUGGGGUGCUAAGACAAAAUUCAGGGUGGAAAAUAAUCAGAUAGUUAAUAGAGGUUAUGCUGAAGUGACCAUUGGGCAGGAUGAAGUUGCUGUUGCCGCAAGCCCUAGCGGAACAGCCCAUGCUCUGGUAAAUGUCGAUCCCUUACACAGCACAUUCUUUAUGGGCUGCCAAGACAGUACAGCUAACUCUAACAGUUCAAAUACUGAUUUUAAUGUUUGGAAAGAUCUUUAAGUGUCUUUGUUAUUGAUGCCUCAACUUCCCUAUUUACCUGUUGCAAAUGGAAUUCAUCAUGUUCUCUUUUUAUUGUUUUUUUGUCCUGACAAGGGAUUAUAGUUCUGGAAAUUGUAAAAUUGGUUAUAUAUGUAUAUAUUGCAUAGCUAAUGUUUUUGUUUA